CACCAAACGUGCACCCAGCCUUGAGCACAACUUACGAAAGCGGCAUACUACAUACCUUCCAAGGUACAAAACAAUUUCGAUAAUCUAAUCAAAUAAUGUCUGCAGCUGGUUUCAAGCUUCGCGGCAUCUACGGAACCGAGCCGUACUGGCCCAAGAAAAAGCUAAAAAUAUGUGUCACCGGCGCCGGCGGAUUCAUAGCUUCACAUCUCGCGCAGAGGCUGAAAGAAGAGGGACACUUCGUCGUUGGCUGUGACUGGAAGCGAAACGAGCAUAUGCCGGAGGAGAUGUUCUGCGACGAGUUCAUCCUCGCGGACCUUCGCCUUUUCGAGAACUGCCAGAAUGUUCUCAAGGGCUGCGACCACUGCUUCAACCUCGCCGCGGACAUGGGCGGCAUGGGCUUCAUCCAGUCAAACCACUCCGUCAUCUUCUACAACAACAUCAUGAUAUCUUUCAACAUGAUGGAGGCCUGCCGCGUCGAGGGCAUCACCCGCGUCUUCUACGCCUCAUCCGCGUGCAUCUACCCCGAGGGUGCGCAGCUCACCACCGACCUCUCCGCAGGUCUCAAGGAGGCUGACGCCUGGCCCGCGCAGCCCCAGGACGCCUACGGACUCGAGAAACUCGCUUCCGAGGAGGUGUACAAGCACUACCAGUCUGACUUUGGCAUCCAGACACGCAUCGCGCGCUUCCACAACAUCUACGGCCCCUUCGGUACCUGGAAAGGCGGCCGCGAGAAGGCGCCCGCUGCGUUUUGCAGAAAAGCCGCGACGGCGACGACCGAGGUUGAGAUGUGGGGCGACGGAAAGCAGACCCGCUCUUUCACCUACAUCGACGAUUGCAUCGAGGGUAUCCUCCGCUUGACCAAGUCCGACUUCGCCGAGCCCGUCAACCUGGGUUCUGACGAGAUGGUGAGCAUGAACGAGAUGCAGGCGCUGGCGCUCGGAUUCGCGGGCAAGCCGAACAUGCCCGUGAAGCACAUCCCGGGGCCUGAGGGCGUGCGCGGUCGCAACUCCAACAACGACCUCAUCAUGGAGAAGCUCGGCUACGCGCCCUCCGUCAAGCUCGCGGACGGCCUCAAAGUGACCUACGAGUGGAUCGAGGCGAAGAUCAAGGAGGAGGUGGCAGACGGCGCCGACGCGGAGGCUGCGUUCUCCAAGUCCACCAUCUGUGGCACCAUGGCGCCCACCGAGCUUGGCGCCCUCCGCGCCGCCGACGGGGCCGAGAAUCUGAAGUAAGGGAGGUACAUGGCUUUGUGUAAGACGAGUGAAAUACAAUAUUCUGCGUCAA